AUGGUGCUCGAAGGGGAUGACGAGGCCCUGUUAUGUAAGUUGUUCCCCUCAAGCUUGUCAGGAUCGGCCCUGAUUUGGUUUAGACAACUGAAACCAAGGUCUAUUGGCGGUUUCACCCAACUCUGUGAAAUGUUCAUAUCUCAGUACAUUUGUAAUCAAAAGAGGAGAAAAGAUGUCACGAUCCUAUUUAGCACAAAGCAAAGUACUGGAGAAAGCCUUAAAGACUACUUGAGGCGUUUUACGAAGGAAAUGUCUACUCUUGAGAAGUGCAAUUCUCAUACUGCUUCAUUGGCAUUUCUUGAGGGGGUCAUACCUAGAACAAAGAUGGACAGGUCUGUAGUGAAGACCCCACCAGUGGCCCGAGUGGAUGGAAUCAUCAGACUAGAAGAAGAAGAGCUCACCCAGUCAAAACGAGCCACUUCCACCAUUGCGAUCCCAAAGCCUCCAUCGGAGCAAAAGGUGGAGACGAAGUGA